CACAUAUACCCGCUACCGCUCCGACUAUGGCGCUGCCUUCGAGCGAGGCGAUACUAUCGCUGCUAGCGCUAUCAACUCAUGCAACAUGCAGUUGAGGCUGAUUCAGACGAACUCUCACCGCUUGAAACCGAAGGAUGAGAUUCAGAAUCAAGAAGGUAUUGUUACGGGGUUGGACAUGGAGGGGAGGUUUACGGAUAUUGAGAGGGAGGUUAUUGCUGCAUUUGAAGGGCUUGCUAGGAGGCUUGGCGGGAAUGGAGGGGGAGGCUUUGGAGGUUUUGGAGGAGGAGGUGGUGGUGACGGGAGAGGGCUGCUAGCACAGCUUCAAGGGUUUGUGAACCUUGGGGGUUUGUCCUUGAGAGAUAAUGACAGGGGUUCUGGAGGUGACACUGUUGUCUCGAAGCGGGAGAUGGGAAUGAUGAUCCAGCAUCUGAGAGAUUCUUGGACUGUGGAGACGGUGGGCGGCAGAACCUAUUAUGUCAAUGUCUAUGAGCCGAGCUUGAGGCGAUCGGAUAGACCGAGGACGGGGUUCAUUCAGGUUGACAAUGAUCGUGAUCGGGAUCGGGAUCGAGACCGUGGUCUGGGGAUGGGACUUGGAGCAUGGAGGGGCAGGUUUGAUCCAAAUGAUGGAUUCGGAAGAGGACCUCCAGGAAUGGGUUUGGGUCAGAGAAAUGGUGUUUCUAUCUUUGAAAGAUGAUUGAUUCGUUUGUAUCGAGGAGAUGUUUCUCUUGAAAGUGAAUGUUUUUAGUGCUUUACUCGGACACUUGAAGUUGG